AUGUGUUUGUGUGAUGAUUUUUUUGCUGUCGUAGGGAAUGUAGAUAUAGUUCUAUGGAACCCUUCUAUUCAAAAGUUUAUAAUUUUACCCUUGCCUUUAAUUAGGCCUAAGUCACCCCACAUGUUUGUACUUGGAUUUGGUGCUGAUAAUUUUUCUAAUAAUGAUGAUGAUUACAAGUUGGUCAGACUUGUGUAUCAUAAGAAUGAUUAUGAUAUAUUUUCGCAGUAUAAUGUUCCUCCUGAGGUUGAAAUUUAUUCACUCAAUACUGGGGUUUGGAGGAGAGUGAUAGGAGUUGAGAUUAAGCAUUGUAUGGUGGAGUUUAUGUGGUCUCAGGCUUUUGUGAAUGGAGCUGUCCAUUGGAUUGCAUAUGAUGUGGGCGAGAAUGGUGGUGUUCGGAGUUUAAUUAUGUCUUUUAGUAUAGCUGAUGAGGUGUUUGGGGAUAUUAUGUUACUGGAUGCUUUAGCUGGUCAAAUUGCAACGAAUUUAUCGAUCAUGGUGUUUGAGGGAUCCCUUGCUGUUGUUAAGUAUGAGAGGGAGAUAGAUGGUGGUUCAUGUGAAGUAUGGGUGAUGAAGCAGUACGGAGUUUUGGAAUCUUGGACAAGAUUUUAUAGUAUAAAUUUGGAUGAUAUGGAGAGAGUAGUUGGAUUUAGGAAUAAUGGUGAAGUUUUGUUUUCAACUAGGAGCUAUGAGCUGGUUUCUUAUGAUCCAAAUAGUGGACACAAGAAGGAUCUUGGUAUCCGUGGGAGUUCCCGCUCGUUUUAUGUUCAAAAUUACAUGGAAUCACUUGUUUUGCUUCAAGGAGAUAAUGUAGUUUCGGACGAGUUCUUGGAAGGAAUGGGAAGCUUAUGGAUUGAAGACUAG